AUGUCACGCCGGAAGCAGAAGCGACCCCAGCAGCUCGUUAACGCGGAUCCGGGGGGCACAAGGCUGCUGUCUCACGAUGACCACCUAGGUGUGAAGUCACCAUCCAUGUCUCUUGGCUCAGAGAUUACCUCAUCAGGGUCCUCCUCCUCAUCCCCCACUUCCCUCCAAGACUGCCAGCCGCCUCUGGCCCCUCGCCCAUCCCCCGGUGGGCUCCACGCGCCCUCCUUACCCAGCGAGAGCUCGCCUCCUCCCCACUGGCCCAGCCACAUCGCCCCCUUCACCACUUCCCUCCCUAACACCCACUCUUCCCUUUCUCCAGACUUUCCUCACCCCUCGCUGUCCUCCCAGACUCACUCACCUCCUCCCCUUGGUCAAACCUCAGGCUCACACACCCUUUCCCACCAAGGCAACUCUCACUCCACCAUGACCUCUCCACAGAUGGGCAGCUCUGCUACCACCACUACCUCCUCCUCCUCUUCCUCCUCCUCCUCAUCUCAGUGUGUGCCACCUCAGCGUGACAGCUCCAGUCCAGGUCAGCAGCAGUCCUCCAGCUCCCCAGGACAGCAGGGACAGAUCCAGGUACCUCAAACCCUGGCAGUUCUCCUGGAGGAGUUGAGGGUUUUGCAGCAGAGGCAAAUCCACCAGAUGCAGAUGACAGAGGAGAUCUGCAGGCAUGUUUUGCGGCUUGGAGGGGCUGUUUUUGGCCAAGAUAAUAACCCACAGGCCAGUGGUGUGGAGAGCCACCAGAAGUCCACUGGAGCAGGAUCUUCCUCGCCAACACACCCUUCCCCUGCCACCACAGCAACUUCAGCCUCAACGCUCUUGACUGGCCUUCCAUCCUCCCUAUUCCCCCAGCCAUCUGGGUCCAAAUCCAGCAUUUCACACAGUAACGGAAGCAGAGUCCCUCCCUCCUCUGCCUCCUCCUCUUCUUCCUCGGCUAUUUCAUCCAGUAUCAGCUCCUCUGUUGCUUCCCUGCAUCCCAUCUCCUUGUCACUGGGCCUACCACCACGCUACCUCCACGAAAAAUCCUCCAACACCUCCCCAUUUGGUCACAGCAAUGGCAUCAGUUUCCCUACUCCUCCCCUUCCUACCUCCAGCCAUUCCCAGGACCUCCAACCCAGCUCCUCCCUGGGCUCUGCCUCUGCAUCGGGCCGCCCUCAACAUGCCUGCCGAUUUUGUGGCAAGGUUCUGAGCAGUGAUUCAUCUCUCCAGAUCCACCUGAGGUCACAUACAGGUGAAAGGCCCUACCAGUGUCCUGUCUGCCUCAGCCGUUUCACAACUCGAGGGAACCUUAAAGCCCAUUUCCUGCGGCACAGAGAGCAGAACCCUGAGCUGUCCCUGUCCCUGCUGCCCCCAGCGCUGUCGGAGCAGAGCCAGCCCGGCUCAGCCCUGGGUGCCACCCAGAGAAGGAGGAAACGGCGUGCUGAGGAUGAUGAGCCGUUUAACGCGGUGAAAGGCAGCAUUCCUGGGAUGACAGAAAACGUGGCUUUGGGAUUCCUGUCUGGCGCAUCAGCUCGCCCCUCCCCUUCGUCCUUACCUCUUCCUCCCUCUGUGGACAUGGCGCUGCUGUCCACAGCCCAUUCACUCCUACAGCUGAACCGAGCCUCAGCCGCAGUUGCAGCCAGCGCAUCGAGCACUGCAUUGCCAUCUUCGUCUUCAUCUGCUUCUUCCUCCUCAUCCAUGGGCAGCCAGUAUAAACCAGCAAAGCAGCAGCGUUUCGAUGAAAACACACCCCCUCACUCUGCCCUGCAUGCAAGCUCCCCGUACUCCCAACUAGCCCACCUCCCGAAGAUUCUCUUCCCUGGCGGUACCAGCCCUCACCACCUCGCACUUCUCAGGCCCCCAACUCAUCCAUCAACCUCCCACCUCACUUCACAUCAGCUUCCCUUCCCCUUCCCACCUUUCCCUAAACCGUCAACCUCCUCCCCCUCCUCUUCCUCUCCUGCCCCUUCUACCCAGACUUCAGACACCUCCAAGCUACAACGGCUGGUACAAAAGCUUGAAAAACAGCCUCAGGGCGGGACCUCUUCCUCAUCCUCCUCUUCUCCCUCCACCUCCUCACAAACCGAUGCUUCUGCCAAUGGGGAAACACACGGUCAUGACCUGAGCACCACCUCCAGCGCCUAUCGCAGGGAAAUGUUGGCUGCUCUUGGCCUCAGCCCCAGUGCCAGUGCUGGGGGGCUGGUAAGCAGCCAGGGCACCUCUGGUUCCACCUCUACAACCACCACCACUGCCUCUUCUCUGCCCAGCACCCUGGCAGCUAAUCAGUGUGGGGUGUGUCUGCGUGUCCUCAGUUGCCCUAGAGCCCUGCGUUUGCACCAGGCCACACAUCUGGGAGAGCGUCCUUUCCCUUGUAAGCUGUGUGGUCGUUCCUUCUCCACCAAGGGCAGCCUCAGGGCCCACCUGGCCACUCACCGCGCUCGUCCACCCAAUGCUCGUGCCCAGAACUCCUGCCCACUCUGCCCGCGAAAGUUCACAAAUGCCUUGGUUCUUCAGCACCACAUCCGUCUACAUUUGGGAGGGCAAAUACCACCUGAUGAGGACAUGCCUCCUGAAGAUGGCACUGAAAUGGAGCAUGCCAGCCUGGCUGAUGGGAAUAAUGACUCCUUUGGCUCCCCAUCCAAACCCCAACUCCUCCCACUGGCCUUAACAAUGGGCAGCAGCUCCAAAUCUACAAUCAGUGUCCUUGACUCAGGGUCCACUUCUAAGCAAUCCACAGCUGCUGAUCCGAUCUCUGUGAAGACGGAGGAAUCUGAGGCCUCCACACCCAGUAUUAGCCCACCUCUGACCCAUAAUCCCCCCACAGCGGGAGCCGGGGACCCCCUGCGUCUGGGAGACACCGCCCUCGCCAAUGAUAGCCCCAUGAACGACUCCAUGUGCUCUGAGGAGGAGACCAACGCUGACCUGAGGAGCAGCAGCCCUUACAAAGCACCAGCAGCCAGUUCUCACUCAGCUGUAGCCAAUGGGGAAACAGCGGAUGAGGACACACCUCUUUCCCUCUGCGUUUCCAAACCUGGGGUGGAGAGUGAUAUGAUAAAGAGUGGGGUUAGCAAUGACACCUCACCGUCUACAGACACUCCAGUGUGCUCCAGUGAUAAAUUGACCCCAAGUCCUGAAUCCACCCCAAAAUCCCCAGCUGUCAAUCCCUUACCUGCCCUCACCCCUCCUGCCAGUCCCAGUGCCAUCCCCGAAGCAGAGGAGGCUUCUGCCAGCAAACCACAGGAGCCCGAGAAGGACAAGGCUGCCCCAAGUAAAGGGCAGAGUGAGACCACCACACCCGGAGACGCUUUACCGAUGCUGGAUCCAGAACCACAAAAGGAGACGCCCACAGGGGAAGGUGACGGCAAGCCAGAAAAGCUUUCAGAGGACUUAGAACCCUCUCACCCAACACCAGCACUGCACACCCAGCCUCCUCGCCCUGAUAAACCCUACAGCUGCUCCCAGUGCGGAAAGGCAUACGCCAGCCGGAGUGGACUGAAGGGACACAUGAAAAUGCACCCUGGAGCAGUGACCAGCGGCGCCUCCAAGGUUCAAACCAAUGACAGUGACAUUACGGAGGAUCGCAGCUCGCAUUCAGGCAAUAAAGGCCCAGAAGAACAGGAUGAAAAGCAGGGAUUGGCUAAAUCCCCUGACAAAGGUGACAGCCUAGAUCCUCUACCAAUCAGUGUUGGUUCUGGUGUGGAAGCUGACAAGCAGGUGGACACUGCUGUGUAG